UGUUGCACAGUACUCUCCAUCAGGCCGCCGCUCUGAGCCCUUUGAUGUCCCCAUUUAAUGUAGAGAGCUGCAUCUCUCACAUUUGAUAAGACAGUUGGGAGCCGUCGAGUAAGCGUCUACAGAGAGUUAAUAUUCCAAAAUAAACAUUACAUUAAAGUUUUGGAAAGUGGUAGCCUAUAAUUGAGAGAGUUUAUAAAAAUAUAUAUAUAAUAAUAAGUGGAAUAAAUAAAUAGGCACGCGCGUAAUGGCAAAUCUUUUUUCCAACAAAACCAUGAGGCUCAAGUGGAUGCGCCUGUCUCUUUUGAUCUUGGUUCUAUUCCUGGGUGACUCCCGCGGCUCCCAGGUGAAGUUUGGCCGCUUGGACCGGUGGGUUAAGACCGGGUUUCAGUACCUGAAGUUAAACCUGUGCCGCAGGGUAUCUCUGUCUGAGGGCGAAUGCAAGCGUCUGUCCCAUCUUCAGCUCAGCGGGGUGGCCGUGUACGUUUCCGAGCCAAACUCCGAGAAAGUACUCGCCAUUCUCCCAGAUUCCUAUUCUUCAGGGAUGCUACCGCCGAAGCAGGGCGGUUACGGUAUGAGUUCGGUACUGGAGGACAGUAGAAGACAUCACGAUUUCUUUCCGGGAUCGACUGCGCAUGAUGCCGUAUUGGUGUUGGAUCCCAGUCCCGGAGAGAGUUUCGGACAUCCCGUGGUUCUCUUUUAUGUGGACCUAAACACGACCAAGAAAAAAUGUGCACAUAUGGAUGGAAUUUAUUUAGGAGAGGAGUGUCUGACCCUGGCCCUAAAGAGUCGCUGUCAGAACCAGCUGAAGCGCCGUCAGAGCGGCAGUGAGAGGCCGGUGGGGAGCGGCCGCGCCCGCAGGGCUACCGUGUCGAGGCCCAGGAGCAGCCCGGGGAGGAUGGAGCGCAGCGGGGCUCUCUGUGAGAUACAUUUCCUUCCCAUGGUGGUCGGGGUCAGGGACAACAACCGGACGCAGAGGCUACGAUGCGUGGACCACCCAGACUUUGCCCAGUGCCCCCAGCCUCUGCCCCUCACCAGCCCCAACAUGCCCGUGUCCAGCUGUGAGCUCAACAAGAACACCAGGCGAUGCCACCAGCAGCCCCUGGCUACACACCUGUCCUGUCGUCUCUACCAGACCUGUGACCACGCUAUACUGCUCUCAGGCGGAUGGCAGCAACAGAUCACGUACCAGCGUCACGUUCAGAACCUGCAGCUCUUCUACAGGAUGCUGAGGAACAAUGGUUUCCACAGAGAUCACAUCAAGACCUUCUUCGCUGGGAACGGACAGCUCUCAGAGGAGUGGGUAUACCCAGCUACAGAGAAACGAGUGAUAAGGAACCACAUCUCUUAUAUCUGUGGGAAGCAGCACUGCGCCGACUCCCUGGUCCUCUACCUCAACAGCCCCACCAGGAACGACGGGACCAUGCUGCUCUGGGACGGCAACUACAAUGGCAUAGCGGACCUUAAGGAGCGCUACAGUGUGGGAGAGCUGCUAGCGGACUUGGCAGGCUGCAGGGCGCGACGAGUACUAGUCUUCGUAGAGCAGAGUUACAGCGGGGCGCUCAGUAAGAGACUGAGAGCAUCUCUGAAACACCUGAACGUGGUGCUGCUCAACAUAGCCGACAGCUGGGCCUCGCUGCACCCAGCAACAUGCCUUAUAGACCACCUGAGUAAGGAUUCAGGGAUGUCCCGCCUCCUCGACCCCAAAUCCAGCCUUUUGGAUGUCAACUUAUCUGGUGCGCCCUGUAACACAACUCCACCUCUGAGCGAAGCAGAGAUGAGGAAGGAGUACAUGGGCUGUCAGAACCUACCCACCGCCCUGUGGUACCAGAACCAGAACCAGAACCUCCCCCCUGCUCUGUGGUACCAGAACCACAACUAGAUCCUCCCGAUCACCCUGUGAUACCAGAAUCAGAACCUUCCCAUCGCCAUGUGAUGUCAGAACCUCUGCACCGACCUGUGGUACCAGAACCAUAAACCACAACUAGAACCUACCCACUAUCCUGUGGUACAAGAACUACAACCAGAACCUCCCCACUGCCCUAUGGUACCAGAACCCCCCCACCACCCUGUGGUACCAGAACCACAACCAGAACCAGAAUCUCCACACCGCCCUGUGGUACCAGAACCAGAACCUCCCCACUCUCCUGUGGUACCAGAACCACAACUAGAACCAGUACCUCCCCACCGCCCUAUGGUACCAGAAUCACAACCAGAACCUCCCCACCACCCUGUGGUACCAGAACCACAACCAGAACCUUCCCAUCAUACUGUGGCAUUAGAACCACACCAGAAUCUCCCCACCGCCCUAUGGUCCCAGAAUCACAACCAGAACCUCCCCCCCGGUCUGUGGUACCAGAAUCACAACCAGAACCUCCGCACCGCUCUGUGAUACCAGAAUCACAACCAGAACCUCCCCACCGGUCUGUGGUACCAGGGCAACAACGAGAACCUCCCCACCGGUCUGUGGUACCAGAACCACAACAAGAACCUUCACAGCACCUUGUGGUACCAGAACCACAUCCAGAACUGACACAGACCCCUGGACAGAAUUUUAUUUUGAAAGAACACUCAGACUCAUACACACACACACAGACAGACAUACCUAACAAAACAAGAGAAGACCACACACAGACAGACACAAAUAACAACACAGACAGACACAAAUAACAACACAGACAGACACAAAUAACAAGACAAUAGACAACACACAGACCGAAUCACAGAGAAGGCUAGUUGCUUUGUCAAUCACACACCAGAUGAUGGCUUGUCAUCGGGAGUCGUUUCUGUUACAACACAUUCUUAUUUAAGUGUAUCUUUUGAGCCCACAUACAUAUAGUACCGCAGGAUUUGUGCUCGUGAUGGAGGAAAAAAGUCCCGUUACAUUUCGCAAUAUUAUUUUUGACGAUAUUAUAAUUGAUACUUUGACUUCAAGUAUCGAUUUAAAAAAAUUAAAAUGAAAUAAAAAAACAACCUGCCUUUUUUUUUUGCUCGGUAGUGUUAGCUAGAGGUAGGUAGUGUUAGCUAGAGGUAGGUAGUGUUAGCUAGAGGUAGGUAGUGUUAGCUAGAGGUAGGUAGUGUUAGCUAGAGGUAGGUAGUGUUAGCUAGAGCUAGGUAGUGUUAGCUAGAGGUAGGUCGUGUUAGCUAGAGGUAGGUAGUGUUAGCUAGAGGUAGGUAGUGUUAGCUAGAGGUAGGUAGUGUUAGCUAGAGCUAGGUCGUGUUAGCUAGGUUGUGUUAGCUAGAGCUAGGUAGUGUUAGCUGGAGCUAGGUAGUGUUAGCUAGAGCUAGGUCGUGUUAGCUAGAGCUAGGUAGUGUUAGCUGGAGCUAGGUAGUGUUAGCUAGAGCUAGGUCGUGUUAGCUAGAGCUAGGUAGUGUUAGCUAGAGCUAGGUAGGUGUUAGCUAGCUCUUGUCGGCUGUACUAGCUUGUUCUCUUUCUUUUUAAAUAGUGAGCCAACAUACAGUGUUUUCAGCACUUUUAUUUCAAUGACUGAUCAAAUCUAACUAACAUAUAGUGAGCUAUAUGUAUACAGCUUCAAAUCACAAUCAAGUAUCGAAUCACAAAAUAUAUAGAAUCGUGAGAAUAGCAAUACAUAUUGAAUCGUGAGAGUAGCAAUACAUAUAGAAUCGUGAGAGUAGCAAUACAUAUAGAAUCGUGAGAAUAGCAAUAAUACAUAUUGAAUCGUGAGAAUAGCAAUACAUAUAGAAUCGUGAGAGUAGCAAUACAUAUUGA